UUUAUAAAACACGUCAUGUGACACAUGUUCUCAAGCAACAAUUCUAAUAUUUUUUGUACACUACAAGAACAGAAACUGGUGAAAAAGUGUGCGGAAUAACAAAGCAAGUAACAGAUUUCCUUCCCUCUAUUCAAUUUCCUGUGUGUACCAACCAUAUUGUUAGCAUUGUGUUUAUUUCAUUCUAUUGUUCUCUGUGUCUCUGUUCCUCUGAGUCUCUGUUCCUGUGUGUCUAUUUAUCUUCUUCCUCCUCUUUUCCUCCCGAUGUAGGACGGAGUCUGGGAGUCGCACUACAAAAAAAACUAUCGCUGCCUCCUCAAGUAGCUCCAGCGAUCAUAAACGUUCACGCUUUUUACGUAGCAGUUGGGGCGACAUUUCCAGCGCCCCAUCGGCGUUAAAUUUGGCGCCGCCGAUAGGCCAAUUAUCAGUAAUUUUCCCCUAGCAACCAUAACCUGAUUGGCUAUUUAGCUGCAGGACUGGGCGCCUAGUUUUGAAAUUUGAAGUUUCUGAGUCUGCUCAUUGCGCGCUGCAGAAGUAAAGCUAGUCUCUGAUUGGAUAAUUGGUGUGAGAGCGGGAGCUCUGUUUACCGCAGUCAUUACCGACCUAGCGCCAGACAAAGCGUUACAAGCGAGGAAAGAGCAGAACUGAGAGACUUGUGGAAAACUCCGGUGGAUUUAAUUCAACUUUGAAGGCUGUAGUUGACGGUCAGCGUCGUUUGUGGCUUCAGCCUCAGGCUACAUUCUCACGGUAAGACUGAUUUUGACUCAUUUUGUUUGUUCAUUGAGCAACAACUUAGUGCUGGUAGGCGCACACUUGAUUCUGAAAAUGAUAACCUGCGUCUUUUGUAAGAGAGAACUGAGCUCGUUGAAGGCAUACGUGCUACACUGUAGAGUGCAUAGAAAUGAGCCUCGUUGCAUUUUUAAAUGUGUUGGUGAACAAUGCAGUCGAACUUUUGCAACAUAUACUGGAUUCAGGCAACAUUUUUAUCGUGACCACAGUGCACCGCAGCCAUGUGCCUCAGCCAUUGUUGCAGAUUUAAAAUGUGCUGUUUCUUUAUGUGUGUGCCGUUUUCAGACGGUAAAAGAGCUAGUUUCUCAUUUAUUCAAGCAUAUAGAAGAAGGCAGAUCUGUAAGCUGCCCUGUGCGUGGUUGUACACGAGUUUAUACCAAGGGUUCCUCAUUUACUUCGCACAUGUCGCGCCAACAUAAAGCGUGCUCAACAGACAGCAUUCAUGACAUGUACAGAGAAGUUGGUCCUCAGUCCUCAAGUCUCAUCGAGUCUUUGGAUGUUUUAGAAAGCACAAAUGAGCCCAUGCCAACCACUUCUACAGCCACUGAUUUGCCAGAGCAGGAUAGCCAGACUUAUUUGAGGAACAUGUGCCUUUUUUACUUAAAACUACAAGGACAGCUUCUUGUUCCUGCCACCACUGUUCAGACUAUUAUUGAGGAAAUGCUAAAUGUGCAUGACUUAGGAUUAAACCACACACUGACCAAAGUAACGUCUUUAUUAAAACGUGACCUGGGACUUGAAGAUGAAGCAAUUUCUAAAAUAACUGAUUGCAUUAAAGAUUCUGAUCUGUUCUCUUCAUGUCAUCAUGGCCCUCUGAGAACCACAUACACCAGAAGACAGACUUUUACUCAAUUGUUCAAGUACGCUGAACCCAAAAAAGUUUCAUUAGGGACAGAUGAAACCAUGACACAAAGAUAUGCUUACUACAUACCAGUAACAGAUACUUUGAAGAACCUUUUACAGUCAGAUCUAUGGCAAAAUUCAGUGUUACAAGAGUCAGGAGAGUCAAACGGAGAAGUUCUCACAGAUAUAUGUGAUGGGCAAAAUGUCAAACAAAACCAGUUUAUUGCUGAAAAUCCUAAGUGUCUGAAGCUGAUUUUAUAUCAAGACGCAUUUGAAAUAGUGAACCCACUGGGUUCUGCAAAAAAAACUCAUAAAGUUCUUGCAGUUUAUUUGUCAGUUGCAAAUCUACAGAUUCAUACGCGCUCCAAUACUGAUCACAUGUUUCUUGUUCUGUUGUGCAGUGAGAAUGAUCUUAAGCGAUUUGGCGUAGCAAAGGUAUUUUCAGAAUUGUUGACAGAUCUGAAAUCCUUAGAGACAGAAGGAAUCACUGUAAAUGGGGAAGCACUAAAAGGAGCUCUGUACUGCAUAGCUGGUGAUAACUUGGGCUCUCACGCCAUUGGAGGGUUUACUGAGAACUUCAGCCGCUCUCAAUAUUUUUGCAGGUACUGUGAAAUCACAAGACGCGAGUUUGAAGCAGAUCCAACCGUCUGUGGGCCACUGCGUACACCAGCAGAAUACGACGCUGCUGCAGUUGCUAAUCCUGAGGCUGAAAACAUUCAAGACAACAGAGGUGUAAAGGUGUGACAAAAUGUAAAAAUGAGCGACGUCGAACAAACUUUCUUGAACGAUGUCAUCACCGAAGUCCUUCCUGACCUGCCUGCCCCAACGAAAAGCAUCUUGGAGGAGCAGUUGCAGUCUAUUGGGGUGGAGUGCUAUGACGACUUGCGAUUCAUACAGGAGUCUGAUUUGUCAGCAUUGAGACCUAUCCAAGCCCGAAAGCUGCUUGCUGCUUGGAAGCUGAAAUAUCAGACUCCUGAAAACAGCUCUCAGUCAUCUGUUGACUCUUCACCUUCUACAUCACAGCCAUUGCUCUCUGCAACUCCCAGAAGCUCACCAUCGACCUCUUCCUGUAGCCCAGGACUUGCAAUGGCAUGGAUGGAUAACUUUGAAAUUCCAUAUAGCAAAUUUCCAGAAGAACUAAUGCAGCGCUUGGAAAGGGGAAGAAGACCAAGUCCAAAACUAAGAAAAGAGAUGAUUCGUAUUAUUGUAAAAGAGAUGACGAAAAAAGGCUCCCCAAUAGGCAGAAAACAUGCAAAGGAAGUUGCCAAAAAACUUGUUGCAAAAUACCCAAAUUCUUUACAGGACACAAUUGAGGGAGAUAUUGUGGGAACCGGGUACGAUUCACUGCUGAAACAGUUGCUGUAUAGAAUCGACAAUGUUAAGCGCAAUACUACACCCACAGUAAGGAAAAGAAUACAUGAGACUGACACAGACACUGACGAAGUCCCAGCAGAAAAAAAGGCUUCUAUACAAGACACGUACGGCUGUAUUAAAUGGCAUGUCAAAUUUCUGCCCAUAAAGGAAACACCUGAGAGCCAGCAGAGAAAAAAGAAGAGCUCAAGAAGAUGUUUCAGCAGUCUGAUGUGAAUCCGGAGGAGGUCAAGAAGCUAAUGAAAUGCACGUUUUACACCCAGCGGAAGGACGUCAACGAGGGAAAGAGCAUCAAAUACCUGAAGGAGGAGUGGCCUUUUUUCUUUCAGGAAAUCGGCAUGUCUGUCCACUUCAAAGAACUGACAGGAAUAGAGCUGAACGAAACUUUCACUAGAAACUUGGAUUUGAAGGGGAAAAGACUGCUUAACUACAUGGCCAAAGUAUGUAUCAACAAGAGCAAGAAGUUCCUGCAGACUUACACAAGACUUGAAAUCCUGCGAGGUGAGCGGAGUGGCUGCUCUGAAGAAGUAAAGGAAAUGGUCCUUCUCCUUCUCUGCUAUUUUGACGAGAAACAGGAGGCGAUGUUCUUCCAUGUGGACGAUACCUGCCUGGCAGAGGAGGUCCAACUGGAGCAGGUGCCUCUGACACCCACCUUGAUAGUGUGCGGGCAGUCCUGUUUUUCUUCAAAACGAUUCAUGCUGAGUGUGGACAAGAAAAUUGUGCAUCCCAACAUCUCGUCCUUCAUAUCUGCACUCUGCUUGAUGUUUGGAAGCUACUAUUGCUUUAAUAUCCACUACCCAACGGAGCUGGCCUCAACGCUUGAGUUUCUUCAACGUUGUUUUUACUCAAUCAACCCGGAAAAAGGAACCAAAGUGGAGAAGAAAAACCCUCGACGUCUCACGGUGAAUCCUCGCGUCCUCACUCUCAUCCAAGAACUGUCUGAUCACGAAUGGUGUGACUCCUGAAUAUAGACUGAACACAAGGCUGGUGCCUCUCUCAGACGUUUGAAAAGCGAAGUUGUAAGUUUUCAUUUUGUUUCAUGUGUUUUUGCACAUUGUCUUACCGGUCUUAUUCAGUUUCGCUGAACAUUCAAAAGACUUGUGUCAAAUUUAAAAAGUCUGUUUCUUCGUAUUAGUUUUGACUAAAAAUUGUACUCUGGUCCAUAAAAUUGUACUUCAUAAAUGUUUCGAAUCAACUUUUUUUUUCUUGCGAGAGUUUGAACUCAAUCCUAACAACUAAACCUUUUGUGAUCCUUUCUACAUCAUUAUACUAGUUCCUCAAAAACCUUGUUAACAUUUUUUAUAUGGCUUUGUUGAUCAAUGGAUCAAUUAGUGUGAAUAUAUUAUGUUCUUUGUGUGUUGGGCUCAAGAAUUGUUGUGCAAAAUGGUUACCUUUCAGUUCAUAUUGAUACCAGUGCAUACUUUCCCUGUACUUAACCUUACAGGAGCACUUUUUG